ACAGGUUGUCGCUAACAGCAGGGCUUCGCUCGACUCCGUCAGUUAAACCUCACAGUGUGAUUUCAAUCAUCUUUUGUCGUAAAUCAGCUUGGAAUCUAUUACCAUAAAACGGUUCGAUAUCCGGUGCCGUUCAUUCUGCAAGAGAGCAACAGUUGUACCGUGCACAUUGUCGUUCGGGUCCGGUCGGGAACCUCAGCUGCGGCGGAGAGGAAUCUCACUGCUGUUUUCUCAAGCGUCCUUGUGCAUUCACGUUGAAUAUUCUUUCUGACUUGGUGCUGCUUAGUGAUAAUUCAAAACCAUUUGUGGGCUUUUAAGCGAUCGUGAUUACUUCUUUGGUCUCGACCCAGCAUCGACUUGUGUUUCGGGGCGUUAUGUAAGGAGACUGAAUGCGGUAUUUAGCUGUUAAGUCCUGGACCUUCGCGAUCAAUUGGAGAAGAAUCAAUCGAACCGAUAUUUUACAUUGGUCUGGUUUGAGACUUUAGGGCAGAAUGGGAACACGCUGAUGUAUAUACUAUCGCCAGUCUUAGCAUUCACAGCACGCGCCGCGGCAGAUGAGGUGACCACCCAGCUGCCAGUUUUAAUUGAAGCGUAUUCAAAACAGAUCUGUAAUCUGCCACAUAUUGCCAUAAAAAGUCAUCUUUGUUUCCCUGAGGAGGUGAGGAGAAGUUACGGAGGAGACAAACGUUAUCAUCUUCGCGGAACUUCGACCCACACAGGCAACAUAUUGCGUAACGCUGCAAGCUCCCUACACUGCAAGUGCUUGAGCCGUGACCUAUAUGAAGUCGGCCUCUCGGCUUGGCCACACAUACGCACGGGAAACAGAAAGAAGCCAAGGCCCAUGAAUGAUACUACAGAAUACUGCAUAGCACCAUGACACGCUGACAGCCCGGCGUCUGAUGGUUGCCAUAGCGACGUAUUACGAAGUAGGCUAGCUCGGAUGUUGAUACUUACAUCUUUCUCCUAUGAUUGUUACAGUGUGGUUGAUGACGUUCCUGUCGGCGGCCUCAAAGAACACGGAGUGCCACUCGGAUAACGAUGUCAUAGACUGCUUCUACUGUACGACGAUCUCCCCGUCCCGUGACGACUUCUGUGGGGAUCCGUUCAACAUCAGCCACCCGGAGCUGACCAAGAUAGCAUGCAAGGGCUACUGCGCCAAAUGGGUCACAGAACUCUCUUCCGGUGCAGUACAUUACACACGCACCUGCUCCAAAGAUAUCAACAUGAAGAUGCACAAGCACCUGGUCUGUAUGAAAGAGAGAGGGUCUAAACACGGCCAUCUUUGCUUCUGCGACCAGAAGGAUUGCAAUGCCGCAGCGCCUGCUGGUACUUCCGGGUCGUGGGCCGCAACCUUGACCUUAACUGCUCUACAGUUCUUUCUGAUGAACAUUUUCCCAACAUAAUAUUCUUUCAAGCAUUUAGAAUUGUGGUUAUUAUUUAUAUCUGUCGGCCCAGCCGCAUGGGAAAUUGUGUCCCGAUUAUUGUAUGACAGAGUCUUGUCAGUAUUUGCCUUCGCAUGACAUGCCGUGUAUCAGGGUUUUGUAAUGUACAUUUUCCAAGUCCCACUAUUGAAGUCAUUUUGAGACAUUUCAUAUUGUUGAUCAAUGUUUGUUGAUAUUGAAUCAGUACUUCAUUUUAACAUUUUUAUAUAAUUUGAACUGUUGUGGCAGGAAAUGUUUGCUUUUUGCCUUGUAAAUUCCCUUCAUGAUUGUUGAUGUACAUCACAUUAAAUGGACACUGCACUGUAAUUAAGGUGAGGUAACAACAACCGUGUGUAGUUUACAGGGUAGCAGCCUCUUGCACAUGGAUUACUGGAGAUAUUAAUAUUUACGUCUAGGCUUUAUUUAAGCAAAUGACGUUCAUAGUUAUUGCACGAGACCAUGAAGACAAAUGGUAUACUGUGUUUUGAACUUACAUCAUAUGAGUUAGGGUAAAUAAAUCUUAAAUUAACGCAUUCAUUAUUUCAGAACAUGGUAAUGUUUCAAAAAUGAAAUUUUGAAAAUAGCGACAAAGUAGUUCCAAACAAAGUAGUUCUUGAGGUGAGGUGAGAUAAAAUGGGGUUUAGGGUGGCGCACAGGAUUAUUGCACUUAUUGCACAUAGCGACGUGCAUGGACGUGUGUAGGGGACCUGCUUAUACUAUUCCGCAGUUUAACAUGGAUACCCCACUCUGACACAGUUAACUGACUCCGAGCCGAGCAGUCCUUGUUUUAGACCCUUAAUGCCGAGCACCAGAGAAACAAUACAAACGUUUAACGCAUUUUGGUGUGACGGCCAGUGAUAUCUAUUCCGUUUAUAUCAUAUAUGAGUGAGACUUAAGAAUUAUGCUCGAAAUUUAUUUUACCGCACAUAGGACACAGCAAGAAACAAGCUACGACGAGAACAACACGAAUAUAGAACGGGGCCGGAUUUGUAAAAAUAAUAAGACUAAGGAAAUAGUUUCUAGCGCUCUGGCUCUGCCCCACAAUGAGAUGAGGUGAAAUUGGGUGUGUGUGGCUGCUUGUAUUAGUCCGGACUGAUGCCGAUUUAUAGUGCUAGCCCACUGAAAUACCAUGCCGCAGUUUAACA